GUUUGUUGCUAUUUUAGUUUGUGGACAUAAUUUGUGUUGAAGCAAAUACAGAUAAGUAUGAUCAGGUUUAAUCGGUUUAAUCGACAGUUCUUAAAUAGCUCAUAUUACUGGAAUCAUCGUCAAGUGAAUGUUAAUGUAAGGGUAGUAAAAACAACCGUGACUUCAUACAGCUGCAUCACGAGCCGUGCUGGUUUGCAUUUAUUGCCAAUAUUGUCUCCGUGGCGUUUACAACUGCAGCAGUUCCUGCGUGGAAAUCACUCGUUUGGCUCGCUAGCGCGCAAUUCGACUGUCCCGUUAGUUCCGAGAAACUGUCUCUCCAACAGAAUCAAAUUGCAUUCACGUAAUCGAGGAUUGACUAUCGCAGCCGCAGGAUCAUCACAUUUACAAACUAGGUUAAUUUGCUGUCUCAAUUCCUACACAAGUGCUCUUUAUCACAAAAAGAGAAACGCCUCAUUUUGUUCCCAUUUGAUAAAGGAAUUUUGCACAGUACCAAAUUUUGAUAGUGUGAGUGACCAUCAAUCCGGUCAAGAUAAACGUGCUGGUAAAGAGAUAAGUGUGAACAGUUUCGGCUGCUGCCUCGAUUCCGGCACGAUGUCAUCCAAACCGGCUUUUCAGCGACUGCCUACUAAUGUAGUGCCGGAACAUUACAAUCUGACGCUGAAGCCGAAUCUGAAAGCUUUUACGUUCGAAGGAAGUACGUCGGUGAAGAUCCAGAUAAAAACGCCAACCAAUUGCAUCACACUGAAUUCUCUGGAACUCCAAAUCCUGAAAGCCAUUGUUCGAUGCGGCACGGACGAAACCAUACUGACAUCAAGCGAGACGAGAUUCUGUGCCGAUCAGGAAACAGCAUGCUUAGUUUUUCCUUCCACGGUACCGGCUGGACCGGCUACGCUGGAAGUUGAAUUUACCGGCGUACUUAACGACAAAAUGAAUGGAUUCUACCGGAGCAAAUAUUUCACGCCUUCCGGAGAAGAACGCUUUGCCGCUGUAACGCAGUUUGAGUCGACUGAUGCACGGAGAUGUUUCCCUUGCUGGGACGAGCCGGCGAUUAAGGCUACCUUUGAUAUCACACUAGCGGUGCCGAAGGAUCGCGUAGCAUUAUCCAACAUGCCCGUUGUGAGCGAAAGUGAAGCAGAUGGACUAAGGGUGCUUAAGUUCGAUCGGACUCCAAUCAUGUCCACAUACCUAGUGGCAGUGGUAGUCGGUGAGUUCGAUUUUGUCGAAGGUAGAACCAAGGAUGGUGUACUGGUUCGUGUGUACACACCAGUCGGCAGGAAUGAACAAGGAUCAUUCGCUCGAGAUGUGGCCAUCGACGUGUUGCACUACUACAACUCAUAUUUCGCCAUCGAUUAUCCGCUGCCGAAAAUGGAUCUAGUUGCAAUAUCGGAUUUUUCGGCUGGUGCUAUGGAAAACUGGGGACUGGUGACCUAUCGAGAAACGUUCGUAUUAGUAGACUCGGAAAAUACAUCACUUAUUAGGAAACAGUCAAUUGCGCUGACCGUUGCUCACGAGAUUGCGCAUCAGUGGUUUGGAAAUUUAGUUACCAUGGAGUGGUGGACACACUUGUGGCUUAACGAAGGCUAUGCCUCGUUCUCUGAAUUCCUCUGUGUUAAUCAUCUAUUUCCAAGUUAUUCCAUCUGGAAUCAAUUUAUUACCGACAUGUAUAGUCAUGCCUUAGAGCUGGAUUGCCUUAAAAGUUCUCAUCCAAUCGAGGUACCCGUUGGACAUCCGGCAGAAAUAGAUGAAAUUUUCGACGAAAUCAGUUACAAUAAAGGGGCUAGUGUUAUCCGAAUGCUUUACCACUAUCUGGGUGACGACGACUUCAAGCGCGGGAUGAAUAUCUACCUGACUCGCCAUAAGUACAAAAACACUUGCACUGAAGAUUUGUGGGCGGCUUUUGAGGAAGCAAGCAAAAAGCCUGUUGAAAAAAUCAUGUCAACUUGGACCAAGCAGAUGGGUUUUCCGGUAGUACGAGUGAAAUCAUCGGAACAGAAGGAAGGUAACAAGCGUGUCCUGAAAUUAGUACAGGAAAAGUUUUGCGCUGAUGGUUGUCAGCCAGAAAAGCAAUACCUUUGGAUGAUUCCGAUUAUAGUAUCAACGCCGGAAGUAUCCCAUGCUCAUACUUUUAUUAUGGACAAAGAGUCAGUCGAGGUAACGAUCGACGGUGUGCAACCAGACCAGUGGAUCAAGCUAAAUCCUGCAUCAAUUGGAUACUAUCGAACGCAGUACUCAGCACAGAUGCUAGAUCAGUUUCUUCCAGAGAUCAGCAGCAAUAAAAUGCACGCGCUAGACCGACUCGGCUUGCUGCAUGAUUUGUUCGCGCUUGUGCAAGCUGGCAGAAGUUCUACUGUUGAUGCCCUCAAAGUUAUGGAUGCUUGUCGAAACGAACACGACUAUACGGUUUGGUCUUCAAUUACAAACUUUCUUUCAAAGCUACAGCUGUUGUUAGCGCACGACCCUGUGGAAGAGCAGUUGAAACAGUACGGCAUUCGACUUUAUUUGCCAAUAGCAGAGGAGCUAGGUUGGAUGGUGAAACCGGAUGAAAGCCAUUUGGACACUCUCCUUCGACCUCUUAUCCUUAGUCGGCUGGUAUCGUUCCAAUGUCCAAAAACAUUGGCUGAAGCUCAAACGAGGUUUGAAAAACAUGCUAGUGGUGAGAACAUUCUGCCAGCUGAUUUGAGAAGUGCUUGCUAUAAAGCCGUGCUACAGAACGCUGAUGUGGACAAGUUCAAUCAAAUGCUACGCUUGUACCGUGCUACAGAUCUUCAUGAAGAAAAAGACCGCCUAUCGCGAGCACUAGGAUCUAGCCAGCAGGCUGAUAUUCUUCGCAAAGUAAUUGAUUUCGCCAUGUCAAAUGAAGUCCGAUCUCAAGACUCGGUUUUCGUACUCGCGUCGGUAGCGAUGAAUCCCAAAGGCCGUGACAUGAUGUGGAGCUAUUUUAAGGAAAAUUGGAAAGUUUUGCUAGAUCGCUAUGAGGGAGGUUUUCUGCUGUCUCGAUUGAUUAAAUACUUGACCGAAAAUUUCACAACCGAAGAGCAAGCCCUGGAGGUUGAACAGUUUUUCAAGGAACAUGAAUUUUCUGGAACGGACCGGACCGUGUCUCAAUCGAUCGAAACUGUUCGGCUGAACGCGGCCUGGCUGAAGCGAGAUCUGGAAGAGAUCACUGCCUAUUUGAAGGAGUAGAGCAAUUUCGCCAGUAGAUGUUUUCUCAGCUUAUCCAGCAAAAGCGUUUUGCCAUUACUUGUUGCAUGAAAAUCCAUUGCAUGCCUGUUUUUGGAUUUGUUAGAUAAUAUUUUUUGUAUUAUUUUUUAAUUUUCAUUUCAUCCAAGAUGAAUGCCAAAGUUUGGCAAAUUUGCAGUGCCAGUAGCUCAAAAGCAAACAUAUACCUAUGAGAAGUUAUAUAAAGCGUAAGGCUUUAUACAAAAUAUAUCGUUUUACAUAUAGCUAAUUAAAGAUAUAUUUUUUAUUUAUUUUUUGUUUUCAGUAAAGACAGGUACGUCAUGCAUUUUCUACCAAUUUCAUUACAAAGUUGUUUCUAGAUCUGGUUAUUUGAAACUAUUCUUAUUUGUGUCUAUCCUUCUGUUUCCUUAAAGUCUUAUUUUUCAGAAAUUCUAAUAUCUUGUAAACUCUUUUAUUCAUUUUUGUUAUGCUACAUACUACUAUUUAUCGAGCAGUUUUUUGCGCUCCUGAAAAAUACACACUUUUACUAACGCUAUGAACAUUUUUACUUCAUCAUUAGAGAAAUAGCCAAAUUUAGGACUUUAAAACUUUAAAAUACCUAAUUGUACAAAAUAUAAGUAGCUCUUGAUUAAAGCACACGAUAUUUCACUGCUCACGUUGUCAUUUAACACACAGUGUUAUUUGACUAUUAAUUAGUGCCUCAUACAUUGAAUCGAAAAAUUACUAAACAAAAUUGUAAACGGCUGGCUGAAUAAAA